AUAAAUAUAAAUUAUAAACAUCCGCAGUCUGCUAAUGAGAGAUGCAACGAUUAGACUCACAAUCGAUAUGCAAGCAAUAUGCCUCGUUAUACUAGUCUUGAACGCGUUUCUUUAUCGUAUUAAAAUAGGGUGUGCGAGAAACCCUUUACAGGGAACUGUGCUUGUGUGUUACGUUCCUGUUCCCGAGUCACUGCUAGGGGUGCUUGCCCUGCGGAUGAACUUAGAUAGUAGGUUGCCGCCACGAAAGACGGUGUUAACGUCGAUAGUCACCAUUCGAAUCGUAGAGUAACCCGAAUGUCAGUCGAUAUCUUCAAACUCGACGGCCAGGAUGGGAAGGCUCUCCCAAUUCACGUGCCACAGAAUGUGGGAUUCUGGGAAACGUAUCGUUACGUCAUGGAAGAUGCAGCAGAUUCCAGAGUAGCAGAUUGGUUUUUAAUGGGCAGUCCUUUUCCAUUGCUAGGAAUUAUAUGUCUUUAUCUACUCUUCGUUCUUCAUCUUGGCCCUUUUUGUAUGAAAAAUCGAAAACCAUUCAAUCUAAAUAGACUUAUGAUUUGUUAUAACAUUUCUAUGGCAACCGCGAGCGGAACUGUAUUUUACGGGUUACUUACGUCAGGCUUCACUACAAAAUUUUCUUUGGGAUGCGAGACUCACGUCGUUUCGAACGAUCCUGAAUCUUAUCGUAUGGCUCGAUGGGUGUGGAGGCUCUUAAUGUUGAAAAUCCUCGAGUUGAGCGACACCGUCAUCUUCAUUCUGAGGAAAAAAUACAACCAAGCGUCUUUCCUCCACAUUUAUCAUCACACGUCCACCGCUCUUCUUUCGUGGAUCGCGUGCAAAUUUGUUCCAGGCGGCAUGUGGACGUUCACGAUUAUGCCAAACUGCAUCGUGCACGUGAUUAUGUACACCUAUUAUCUGCUCGCCUGCUUGGGCCCAGAAGUGCAAAAGAGGAUCGCGCCUUGGAAACAAUACAUUACCGGGUUACAAAUGUUCCAGUUUAUAAUCAUGAUAUGUCACACGUUCCAAACUUUGUUGCCUACUUGCGAACCAAAUCGAAAACCAAUAGCUUAUAUCUACAUGUCGCAGAUUCUUAUCAUGUUUUACAUGUUUUGCGACUACUACAAGAAAUCGUAUCUCAGAAAAAAGGCGGAGUAAAGAUUUAAAGAGUCAUAAAAACUGUAAGUAAACAGGUGAUUCCGGAUUACACGCUGUACGAACGCUGCUUUGAAAAUCGUAGAAAUCCUGCUAUACCGGCCAGUUACUGUUCGCUGUUCCAUUCUCGAAGAGGCGUGUCUACAUGGUGAUAAUUUCGUGGAAAAUCGUGAUAGAACGAACGUGGAUCACGAACGUUUGAUGUAUCGCACCGGCGGAACACAUUAGAAAGACAUGCAUCGGAAAACAGGCACACGACACGACAUAACACCGAAGUUGACGUAUACGCAUCAGAGUUGGGUGAAAUUUUACUUGCAAAUUCAAAAUUUUAUUCUACAAAAGGGGAAAUAUUGAUUUUGUUGAGUAACUAGCACUAUAAAGAUCGGCUUUGCUAGUAAUCUUUAUCAGAUAUUGCUGAGUUUUGUUAAGAAUCUACAAAAUUUGAUUUUUGUUACUUAUAAAGGAAACAUGAAAAUAAAUCUAGAUAGAAAUAUAUUAAUAUUUAAAUUUAUCGCAAUUGUUUGAUGAUCACUAACUGCUGAAAAAUACACGAAACUACAGUAACGUCAUUAAUUAUCUAAAAAUCGCAUGACAGUGGUCGUUAUAGUGCUAAUGAACAACUGAUCAAGUCGAAUUUAUUAUGGGAAUUUAGUUGCUAUUAUAUUGACUUUUACAAUUAUUUUUAAUGAACAAUUAUAAUAGACGUAAUAGUUUUUCAUCGAUAUGAAUUAAGUUAGUUUAUUUAAUUAUUUUUUAUUAAUAAAACAUUCGACUGAAAUGAAUAUAUUUAAAUAAUUAUUUGUUUUAAACAGUACCCAACUCUGGUAUGUAUUUUCCUCGCAAGAGUAUUUUCACUCGAAUUUUUCUUUUUCCUCUACUUUCUCUUAUUUUUUUCUUUCUUUUCUUGUUUUGUCUUUUGCCAGUGAGCGAGGGAUCGAAAUGCAUUGGAUUUUAUUUCGCGUAAUAUCGAGACAGUGCUAACACUUUCGACACUAUAGUGGUGAUUCUAAUUUUAUUAAAAUCCGGCAGACAGCGGAUCGACAUUAACGUUCGUUGAAUACUUUUUUGCGGAGUGUUCUCCUUUUAGUGGUGCUCGUUCGUAGCUUAGAUUCUUUUUUUAUUCUCUCUUAUUCUGUAUCGCGAUUACGCAGGACGUUGGAUAUUCAAUAUUUUCGCUUUUAGCGGUUAAUUUCAACUGGAUAGAUCCGCGUUAGAUAAACUUCCGCGUCGAGGGAAUUUGAAAGAAGUUAAAAUGUUAAUUAUAGUUCUAGUAUAUUCUUGUAUGGACCAUGUAAGUUUUGGAAUUAUGCAACGAACGUGUAUUUUACAAAUGUAUUGGAAACGACAAGCUGAAAUGUAUGUAAUAAAGAAUAUUAAGUUCAAGUAUUUGAGCGUUGUGCAUUCAUCAUUAUAAAUGAACAGAUCUGUUAGCCUUUUCAGUAGUAUUAGCCGUACGUGCACAGUCAGACCAGUGCAGACUAAAUACAAUACAAAUAGACAUAAGUGUAUAAUAUAUUUAUUGGAGUG